AUGGCUCCCUCAAGAGCGCCGAGUGCGCUACUUCUACACUCAUUAAGGUCUCUGGCCAUUGAGAAACCAUCGACGGCAUUGGCCAUCCGUGCUUUCACGUCGGCCAGCUCGACAUGUCAGGAAGUACAGGCUGAGAGACCGUCCUUCUAUCGAAACCCCGAUCCCGAGACUGUCUACCAACCCAGAUUGGAGCGCAAACUCGCAAGAGCCGGUAGGCCUCCAAUUGGCUCCCGCCGCCGACGAAUGGCCCUUUCACAGUCUCCUCGCAUUCCGUUCGAGCAAUUACCCUACCAAUGCUUUCAAGAAGCCCGGAAGGUCCUCGUCGAGGACCGAGAGGAAAAGCUCAGGAAGAUCGAGACUGAAAGAGCACGGGUAGCUCGUGUUCGGGAGGCCGAUCCAGGCGCUUUUCGCGGCGGAGAGCCGUUCAAGCAGAAGAAAUUGGCAAGCAUGGAGGCUGAGCUUGAACGAUUGAAGAUCUUGGCCGACAUCAAUGACCCCAGUGUAAAGAGGAGGUUCGAAGACGGAAAAGGUGACAUGAACAAACCCAUAUACAGAUAUCUUGCAGAGCGAAAAUGGCGAGAAUAUCCUCGCAAAGUCCUCGUGCAACGAAUCACGCAGAUGAACGUUGUCCCGGACGUGGUACCCAAUGUUGACCCCAUCGUGGACGUCAAGAUUGCAUUUGGGAAGAAGGCUGUUGGUUCCGGCGACUUUGUGCCGUCCGACGUCAGUGAGAAGCCAUGCCAGCUUACGUUACAAGCAUUCGAUCGAGGCGAGAAAAUGGUCACAAUUGCCGUGGUCGAUCCCGAUGUACCGAACGUCGAAACCGACAGUUUUGACUCGAGAUGCCACUACCUGGCAUCCAAUAUCACCAUUUCCCCGACCAAGCCCCUGGUCGAUCUCUCCAAACUAUCGCCAGGCUCACAAGUCCUCCUGCCGUGGCUGCCACCUCACGCACAGAAAGGCAGUCCAUACCACCGACUGUCAAUUGUCAUCCUCCAACACAAGGACAAUAUCCCCAUUGACUUUGAGCCUGCCAAGCAGAAGGUUGAGCGCGACGGCUUCACCCUCCGCAGUUUCAUGAGUCGGCACUUGCUGACUCCGAUCAGCGCGUCUCUGUUCCGCACCAGAUGGGAUGAGAGCACGGCUGCUGUCAUGGAAAGAGCCGGCCUCGAGGGAGCCAAUGUCGAGCUCAAGCGGAAGAAGGUCGAGCCGUUGCCCUACAAGAGGCGCAACCCAUCCAGCUUUAGAUAG